GAGCCGCCGCCGCGGACUGACCCAGAGGAGCUGGACCGACACUGUUUGAAGCUCACCUCUCUCAGGUGUUGAACUCAGGAGACGGUGCCUGCAUCACAACAGAGGGACACCAUGUCCAACAGUGAAUCGGACAUCUGCACAGACAACCAGGUCCCUCUGUUUGACUCUCGCUUCUCCACAGAACUCCGUAUAUAUGAGUCGGGUGAUGAAGGCUGCCCGUCAGAAAGCCCUCCCUCUCUCCAAUCCACAACGUCCCCCCCUGCAGAAAACACAGUGGACAGGAUUGGGGUGCCUCAUCACGUGGUCCUGAGCACCAAGAGUCCCGCAGCUCUGAAGGUUGGCACCCACCAGCUGAUUCCCAAGAACUUAGCAGUGGCCAGCCGACCGAGAAACCGACACCACACCACUGUGGUGACGUUCCCAGUGGGGCUAGAGAAGUCCAGCAAUGAGAACCGCAGCCAUCACUCAGCCCACGGGCCAGAUGUGUCGUGGGAGGAUUACGACAGCGAUGGAGACGGCCUUGCUUUUAGGAGGAACCGCAGAAACAAGUCGUACAGAGCGGCGGUGACCAGCCUGGACGUCGAAGCUAUGGCGGCAGGACACAAGGCCGCUACGACUCUGAAGCCUGUUGACGAAAACAGAGCAAGCAGUCCUGGUCCAGCUCGCAGUCCUGGACGCAAGCGAACACUUGGGAGGAAGAGGAACCAACGUGGAUCAUUCAAGGAUGCGACGCCGUUACUCUACCAGGAGAUCCGUGAGCGUGGGCUUCACUCCACCAACCAGGACGAAUCACUGGAUGACUUUGUGGUGGUGGAGGCUCCCGUGGAAGACCAGAGCAUCGUGGUGAAGAACUACAAGCAAGCACAGCUCACCUGGAGCCAGCUGCCACAGGUGAAAGACUCGGGUAUUCUGGAAAAAAUCACACCUCAGGAGAGAAAGAGACAAGAGGCCAUUUUUGAGAUCAUCACCUCAGAGCACUCAUACUUGCACAGCCUCGGCAUCCUGGUGCGUCACUUCCAAAGCAAUGAAGCGCUGAGGAAAACGAUGACGGCCACGGAACAUCACCACCUUUUCUCCAACAUUUCUGUCAUCCACAACGUCAGCCAACGUUUUUUUCAGGACCUGGAACAACGUCACAAUGAGCAGCUGCUGAUCCGAGACAUCAGCGACAUCGUCCAGAACUAUGCUGCGCACAAUUUUGAGCCCUACAUCGUCUACUGCUCCAAUGAGACCUUUCAGCAGAGGACGCUCCAGAAGCUGUUGAACAGUAACGUUUCAUUCAAAGAGACUCUGAAGCAAAUUGAGUCGACCGGCGAAUGCGGAGGCCUCCCCAUGAUCUCGUUCCUUAUCCUGCCCAUGCAGAGGGUGACCAGACUACCACUGCUGCUGGAUACAAUCUGCCAGAAAACCCAAGCACAGACAGCAGAGUACUUUUCUGCAGUUUGGGCGCUGAAUGCCAUGAGCAAGUUGGUCACAAGCUGCAACGAUGGAGCCAGGCGGAUGGAGAGGACAGAGCAGAUGUACACGAUCCAGAAACAAAUGGAUUUUGGAAAAAUUAAGCCUUUUCCGUUGAUUUCAUCAUCACGAUGGCUGGAGAAGCGUGGUGAGCUCGCCAUCUCCUCCGAAGAGCUCAGCAUAUGGAGAGCGUUCAGCAACAGAAGCUACUACCUGUUUCUGUUUAAUGACGUUCUCAUCGUCACCAAGAAGAAGACUGAGGAGAGCUUUGUGGUGUUGGACUACGCCACUACAGAGAACGUCCAGGUUGAGUUAAUGGAAGAGGCAGAGGGAAAGAUCUCUUCACCUACAAAAAACUCCAGUCCCCUUUCCUUUAAACUGCGGAUGAACAAGAACAGUGAGAGCAAACUGGAGCAAAUCUCCCUGGUGGCAGAUUCCAGAGUGGACCGGGCUCGUUGGAUAAUUGCCCUUACACGGCACAAACUGUCUGGUGGCUUCAACUGCACAGACGGUCUGCCACAGUACGAGGCCACUAAAUCUUACAUGCCGAAAGAGCCCGAUGAGCUCGGUCUGCGACAGGCUGAGCUGGUCAUCGUCCUGCAGAAAGAGGAAGAUUGGUGCUACGGAGAGAGAAUGAGGGAUGGAGAGAGAGGCUGGUUUCCUGCUUGCUGUGCCACAGAGAUCACUGAUCCCACCGCCAUGGAGAACAACGUACAGAGAAUGAAGCGCUUGCGCAAAGAGACAAAUGUUUAAAUGACUAGAAGCUAUCAGGAUAUGAUGGACAAAAAGAUAUUUCCUUGUCGACUGUUGAAACACAUUCUUCAGGGUUUUUUUAAGUGCACUGCUGAGUUCUGCUGAGCCCUGACUGAUAACACUGGAACAUAAGAAGCCUUCAGCCAAACGGAGGGCCUGAAUCUAAAUCUUAGUUACAUUUCUCAUAGUUUUAAAGAGUAGGCGUGUGUGAUUUUUUUUUUUUUUUAAAACCAAAA